AUGGAUUUUCUUAGCAUUUUACUACUAUGUUUCUUGGAGAGUGCACUCACGGGUCUAGUAAAGCAUCGCAACUUGAACAUUAUUGCUCAACCACAACGCUCGGUAUUUGCCUUAAACCGAUCACUCAGACCAAGGGGAAUUGCCAUUUUAGAAGCAAGUGCAUUAAUUGACGGGAAUGAGGCGAAGGCCGAAGGUGGGGCUGGCGACGAGGUGGAUGCCGCAGCAAAAAUUGUCUGCGAUCCAGUGGGAGAAGGAACGAGUGAAUUUGCUGACUGUCCCAAGCGAACUUGCCGUACAAAUGUUGAUUGUUGGGUGGCCUAUGGUAAACCCCAGCAAUGCGUUUGCGACCCACAUUUCUGUGGCUUAGUCUGUCUCCCAGUUGGUUCCCAAUGUCCAAUGCCAAAUAAGCCAGAAAAUGGCAAUGUACUUCUGAGAGAUUCAGAUGUAGGUGGCACAGCUGACUAUAUUUGUAAUGCCGGUUUUACUGUUAUGGGCCCAAGGCAGCGUCAUUGUCUGGCAACUCUUAAAUGGUCUGGACCAGAACCUGUGUGUACCAAUCAAACUGACUUUUGCUUUACGCCUCCCUAUAUGCCCAAUGCAGUGGUUAUUGAAGGACACUGGUUGGAAGGUAAAACGUCCUCAGAUAGGGCUGAUUAUAGAAAUGGGGAGACCAUUACGAUGACUUGUCGACCAGGAUUUGCUGAUACAAAACGCAGGUAUUCAACUCUGGUGUGUCUCGGAAACCAGUGGAAGUAUGAAAAACUCGACUGUCAAAGAAUAUCGUGUUCCGAAAUCGAAGGACCAAAGAACGGUCGAACCCUCUACACCUCAGAUAUGCGUUUUCAAGCAACGGCUAUUCAGUUCUGCGACGACGGUUACAAUAUACGCUGUUCUGAAGAGACGGAAAAUAUUGAACCAAGUUCAGCAAAAAGUUGUCGCCGUGUAUGUCAAGAAGAUGGUGUAUGGUCGGGGAAAUCGGCAGAAUGUAUUGCUGUAACCUGCCCCAAGCUGCACCAACCAGAAAAUGGUUUCAUAUCGGGCUACCAGACUAGUGUCAACAGUGUUGUGGCUUUCGAAUGCGCCGAAGGUUAUGAAUUAACCGGUUCUAAGUUUCGAAAAUGUCAGGCCAAUGGGAAAUGGGACGGUGAGCAGGUAAACUGCCUCGAUGGAACGCUGGAUAAAGGAAAGGUCAAAAUCGGUGCUCUUUUGGAACAUGGUUCAAGUAUCUCAGUUUCUUGUCAGUCUGGUUUUAAUCUUGCAGAGGAACUAAAAAAACCAUUGAAGAGCCCUUUUGCGACUACAUUAUGCAAAAAUGGCAAUUGGAAUCGCAAAUAUGAAUGCCAACCGGCUCGUUGCACAACUCGUCCACCAAACAUUCCAAACGCGCUGACGCGUUUCUAUGGCUUACAUCACGGAUCAGUGGUUCGAUAUCAAUGCUUUCCUGGCUACGAGUUGAACACGAAUAGAACUGAGGCGCUCCUUCGAAGUGAGGUCAAGAAUGGUGGAUUGAAAAACAGUUGGCCACUCUCCCACGACCAUUACAGUGUCAAGUGCGAAUAUGGUGUCUGGAAGGGUGAACCUCCCAUCUGUGUUCAAGGUGUGUCAUAA